GACGUAAGAAGGAGGAAAAAAAAAAAAAACCUAGUAAACCUGACAAAAGAGUCUGAGAAGACCGUGCGAAGGCUGUCGGAGUAGGACUGGAGGGAGACGCGUAAAGACGCUCUUGGCACCGGAGGGAACCGCGCUUUGAUGGAUUUUAUGGACAUUUCGCAUCGGACAUCUAUGCCCUGGUCCAGUUUCAGCCUCCUUCGUCGUCCCUAGCGCCUGCGGACUUUUUUGUUUAGUUGACAAGUGUGCAGCUCCGGGGAGCUCCGGGCAUGUUUUGCGCUCUGGAAGGAACUUGCAGGCGGGGAGGAAAGUUUCGGUGAGGCGGGUGGGGGGUAAAAGCGACAUGGUUUUUGUGCGCUGUUUUCGAAGGAUCAUUUGCGUGAACUCGGAUUUCCUUGCAUGGCUUUGGACUCCAGCUGCAAAUCUGGUUUGGGAUAUAUCUAAUCAGAGUCGACGCCGGCUGAUUGUGGAAUAGUAAGCUGAGAAAAGGCAGCGCCUCGACCUUUUAUUUAUUUAUAUAUAUAUAUUUUUUUGCUGCAUUGUGGUGUUGGAAACAUUCCUCUCCCAGGAUUCAUCUCAUGCCCUCUCCUCCCUUAUCUCUGCAUGUCAAAACAGAGAUCUCCGCAAUUUUAAUCCGCCCUGUCCAGGUGACUGGCUGAUCUCCAGAGAGUGACAGGCUGAUAUCCCCCCCCACCGCAGCAGUUGAUGGUUGGGACCCCCUCUGAUGGGAUCAGUGUCCAGGGGGAGGUGCUGGAGAAGGGGGGUAUGGGGAGCCCUUUCCCCCUCUGACGGGAUGGCUUUGUGGGUCUGGCUGCUGGCCGCCGUCUUGCUGUCUCUGCUAACCGUCAGCGUGGCCCGGCCCCCCCUCACCGCCGCCAGGGAGGAGGAGAUUAACGUGGAACCUGAAGAGGCAUCGCACAAGUACCCAAUUUUUACGCCCACGGUGUGCUCAUUGCAUCCGGGCGAGGUGCUGAAGCUGAGCUGUCCUCUGCCGGCGACGGGGACCAUCACUUGGACCAAAGAUGGCAGCUCUCUGGGCGCCAACAACCGCACGCUGAUAGAGCAGGAGGUGCUGCAGAUCCGUGACGCCACGCCCAAGGACUCGGGCCUGUAUGCCUGCACCAGCGUGGGCAGAGACACGGUCUGCUUCAUAGUCAAUGUCACAGACGCCACCUGGUCCGGGGACGAUGAGGACGACACGGAGCGGUCGGAGGACAGUUGGGCGGACGGCGUUCAGUCAAGCGCUCCGUACUGGACGUCUUCAGCAAAGAUGGAGAAGAAACUGCACGCGGUGCCAGCUGCCAACACGGUGAAGUUCCGCUGUGCUGCUGGAGGCUACCCCCAGCCAUCGCUGCGCUGGCUGAAAAACGGCAGGCCUUUCCGCCAGGGAGGAUAUAAGGUGCGGCACCAGUACUGGACCCUGGUGUUGGAGAACGUGGUGCCAGCGGACAAGGGAAACUACACCUGCUUGGCAGAGAACUCGUAUGGCUCCAUCAACCACACCUACGUCCUGGAUGUAGUCGACCGGACACCUCACCAGCCAAUCAUCGUGGCCACUCUCCCCGCCAACACCACAGUACACAUUGGAGAGGAAGCCCAGUUCCAGUGCAGGGUCUACGCUGUUGGCGACCUUCACAUCCAGUGGCUGAAGCACAUCACCAGGAACGGUAGCCGGCAUGGGCCUGAUGGGCACCCUUACGUCAAAGUGUUAAAGCGCUCAGACGUUAACACAGAGUUGGAGUUUCUCACCAUCAGCAACGUCACAGAGGAAGACGCCGGGGAAUAUAUCUGUAAAGCCUCCAAUUAUAUUGGGGAAGCCACCCGGUCGUCCUGGCUGACGGUCAUCCCAGAUCCCUCGAACAAAUGCCAGAUUUCUACCGCAGUGUCCUCGGUGCACCCAGGCGAGGAGCUGAAGCUGUCCUGCCCUCUGCGAGCGACGGGAACCAUCGCUUGGACCAAAAACGGCGGCUCCCUGCGGCCGAACAACCGCACGACGCUGGAACACGAGGUGCUGCGGGUCCAAGGCGCCACGCCCAGGGACUCGGGGCUGUACGCCUGCACCAGCGAGGGAAAAAGCCUUUUCUGCUUCACAGUCAACAUCACAGGCGCUCCGUACUGGACGUCUUCGGCAAAGAUGGAGAAGAAACUGCACGCCGUGCCAGCUGCCAACACGGUGAAGUUCCGCUGUGCCGCUGGAGGCUACCCCCAGCCAUCGCUGAACUGGCUAAAAAACGGCAGGCCUUUCCGCCAGGAGGACCGCAUGGGAGGAUACAAGGUGCGCCUCCAGCACUGGACCCUGAUCAUGGAGAGCGUGGUGCCGUCGGACAAGGGAAACUACACCUGCCUGGUUAACAACUCGUUUGGAACCAUCAACCAUACCUACACUCUGGAUGUAGUGGAACGGUCACCGCACCGGCCCAUCCUGCAGGCCGGACAGCCCGCCAACACCACGGUACGCGUCGGAGAGGACGCCCAGUUCCAGUGCAAGGUCUACAGCGACGCCCAGCCUCACAUCCAGUGGCUGAAGCACAUCACCCAGAACGGUAGCCGGUACGGGCCUGAUGGACACCCCUACGUCAAAGUGUUAAAGACCGCAGGUGUUAACACCACAGAUAAGGAGAUAGAGGUUCUCUUCUUGCCCAAUGUAACAUUUGAGGAUGCUGGGGAGUAUACAUGCUUGGCGGGUAAUUCUAUUGGGCUCUCCUAUCAAACUGCUACUUUGACGGUGCUUCCAGCCCUGGAGAAGACGACGGUGCCCAUCUCCCCGGACUACGUGGAGAUCGCGAUAUACUGUGCGGGCGUGUUCCUCAUCGCCUGCAUGGUGGGCAUUGUGGUGGUGUGCCGCAUGAGGAACACGGCAAAGAAGCCCGACUUUGGCAGCCCGCCGGCGGUCCACAAGCUGACCAAACAGAUCCCGCUGCGCCGCCAGGUAACAGUGUCGGCGGAUUCUAGCUCCUCCAUGAACUCUAGCACCCCCCUGGUGCGUAUCACAACGCGGCGGAGCUCGGCGCACGACGACGUCAUCCCUGAGUACGACCUGCCAGAAGAUCCGCUGUGGGAAUUUGCCCGAGACAGGUUGACCCUGGGCAAACCUCUGGGCGAAGGCUGCUUCGGUCAGGUUGUGAUGGCCGAAGCUCUGGGCAUCGAUAAGGACAAACCCAAGGAGGCCGUCACGGUGGCAGUCAAGAUGCUGAAAGAUUUCGGUUCUGAUCCUGAGCGUUUGGGCCGGUUGACGUUUAUGAAGUAUGAAAGAUUAGCACGCCGUAUUAAUGAUGCCACCGAGAAGGACCUCUCUGACCUGGUGUCAGAGAUGGAAAUGAUGAAGAUGAUCGGCAGACACAAGAACAUCAUUAACCUCUUGGGAGCCUGCACGCAAGACGGUCCCCUGUAUGUGAUAGUGGAGUAUGCCUCCAAGGGCAACCUCAGAGAGUACCUCAGAGCCCGCCGGCCCCCCGGCAUGGAGUACUCCUACGACGUCGCCCGGGUCUCCGACGAACAGCUCACUUUCAAAGAUCUCGUCUCCUGCACUUAUCAGGUGGCGCGAGGCAUGGAGUACCUCGCCUCCCAGAAGUGCAUACACAGAGACCUGGCAGCCAGGAACGUCCUGGUCACGGAGAGUAACGUCAUGAAGAUCGCCGACUUCGGCCUGGCCAGGGACGUCCACAACAUCGACUACUACAAAAAGACCACCAAUGGUCGUCUCCCGGUUAAAUGGAUGGCUCCGGAGGCGCUCUUCGACCGGGUCUACACCCACCAGAGUGAUGUGUGGUCUUUUGGGGUGCUGAUGUGGGAAAUCUUCACCCUUGGGGGCUCACCCUACCCUGGCAUUCCUGUAGAAGAGCUCUUCAAGCUGCUCAAAGAGGGACAUCGCAUGGACAAGCCUGGAAACUGCACCAAUGAGCUGUACAUGAUGAUGAAAGACUGCUGGCACGCCCUCCCUUCCCAGAGACCCACCUUCAAGCAGCUAGUGGAGGAUCUGGAUCGAAUCCUCACCCUGAACACUAACGAGGAAUAUCUGGACCUGUGUGCUCCCACGGAGCAGUAUUCCCCCAGCUUCCCCGACACUCGCAGCUCCUGCUCCUCCGGCGACGACUCCGUGUUUUCCCACGACCCCUUGCCGGACGAGCCCUGCCUCCCCAAGUACCAGCACGUCAACGGGAACGUCAAGAGAUGAGCCCCCCCCUCUCCCUCCCCCCCACCGGCUCGGAUCCCGUUCUCCCCUCACCCCGAGCCGACUUUUGGCCCGACCCGACCUCAUAAAGUCGCCGGACGCGCGUAGCACAGACACCUUCUCUGAAACGGACCCUAAAGCAGGGGACUCGCACUGCCACACAGAACACUGGAGGUCUUAAAGAAGGGGGCGGAGCUUGUUCCGGCGGCUCCGUGUCGCCCCGACCGAACGUACGGACGUUCCCCCGAGGCCUCCUCUUCCUCGCUCGUGUAAACACACAGCCCUUUUUUUUUCUCGUCCUUUUGGUUCUCAUCUUCCGUACCCGGAAGCUGCGAAGGGGCUACUUGUUCGUCGAUCCGGUCGCAGUGGCUGGCGUUCCAAGACUUGUUUACUCCUGGAGGAAUGUACGGACCGAUACGAACUGCAAAAUAAACAGAGGAAGAGGACAACGUGACACUAGCAGACAAAUAGGAAAACAGACUGGCAGAUGGAGCGCCGACUAACAGAACGGGAAUAUGAUGGGAGCAGAUAUAGAAACUUUCUCUCCUGUUUAUUUUGUAAUAUUGGUCUUUUUCCAGUUCUGAUAAACCUCCCUGAUUUUGCUGGAGACGGAAUCCACAGUGUAAUGUAAAGUGCUGGCUAUAUUUGUAAAUAUAUUCAAAUAUGUAUAAAAAAAUAUAUUAUAUAUUUACUAUGAAUUAUUUUUUGUAUGGACUUGGAAACAACCCCCACCUCCAACGCCCUGCUUCCAUUUUCUAAGCAGGCUAUGCUGACAGAUGUCUCCUCGCACACACUCUGCUAAACACACACACACACACACACUUUCUCAGUAACACAAACGAGUAUUGGCUUUCAGGGACUACAGUAGCGUGUUAAUUUAUUGAGUUAAGUAUUUUAAAAAGUGAAUCGAAAAAAGAACAAAAAAAAACAACAACAACAACAACAACAGGAUGGGUGAAAUUAUUUGCAUUAAUGCUGAUGAUAUGGAAUAAUCCGUUAAAUUUAUGGUAAUUUAAGAAUAAUCCUUCAGCAGUUAACAGAAAGUUUCUAUUUUUAGAUGUUUGGAGAAAUCCAGAUUUUGUAAGUUUUAUACAUGAAUGUGAAUAUUAAGUUAAAAAAAAUUUGAAAAACUGUACAUUUUAUAGUCAUCUAAUCCUUCUCUUAUUUAGAUAUUGAUGCAAUUUCUACCCAGUUUAUUUUUUUUUCGUUUUAGCAACGGUUUAGGAAAUUAAAUACUUUGGAUAUUUAUAUAUAAGUAAAAGACAUAAUAAUUUAGAAAUUUCUACUGGCAAUCUGCUUUAUCAUUAGGAAUGAAGAUGAGCUCAAAUUUCCCAGAACAGAAUUUAAAUCCGAAAAAAAGUAUUAAAUCAAAUGUUUUUUUUGGUUUUUUUUUGUUUGUUUUUGUUUUCUACUGGACCAACAUUAAGAUGCUGUUUUGCAGAUGUUCCUGCUGCAUUCGCAAAAAAAUAAAUGUCGAAAAAAAAAAAA